AUGGAGUCCUGUGCUCAAUCAUCUCAGGUCACACUAUCACCCAGAGUGACAAGGCCAAGAGCAGCACAGUUGAAAUUGUCUCAGGGUUCUGGCAUGAUGGCGACAGUCCGACAUGUCCUCGUUUUCGGUGCCACAGGAGAUGUUGGCUCGGCGGCGGCACUCUGGGCUCACGAGCAAAAGGCAAAAGUCUUUCUUGCGGUGCGGAACGUGGAAAAGUCGAUUCCUACGUUGAACAACAUCCCUUUGAUCAAAGUCCAAGCAGACCUGACAGCGCCCGAGACAGUCAAAGCUGCUGUGGUGCAGACCGGUGCCACCGUGGCUUUCGUGUAUGCGGUGUUUGGAGCCACCGACGGCAUGCAACUCAGCCUUCAGGCUCUCAAAGAUGCCGGGGUUGAAUUUGUGGUCUUGUUGAGUAGCUUCACCGUGGAAAGUAACCCGCGGCAAGUGUCGCCGUCCGACUUUAUCGCGUGGCACCACGCACAGGUGGAAAUCGCCCUGGAGAACAUCUUUGGCCUCGAAAACUUUACCGCCGUCCGACCAGCCUAUUUCUCGAGCAACAUAUUGCAGCACAAACUGGGGAUCAUGAAGGGCUUAGUUGAGUUUCCGAACCCCGAGGCCGAGUUUGACUGGAUUUCCCCGUCGGAUGUCGGACGAGUGUGUGGUGCGCUCCUCGCGCAUGGCACUACACAGCAUAUCGUAGGCCUGGUUGGGGUGGAAAAAAUGUCGUUGAGACAAGCCAUUGCAGUCAUUAGUCGAACUGUGGGAACGCCAAUUGAGGUCAAGAAAAUUGAGGCCGAUCAAGCCCUGCGGAAUAUGAUCAGCAUAGGAGUUCCGCCCCCUGUGGCCGUUUGGAUGGUCAAUGAUGCUACGCAGAACGCAGGAGCAGCUUUCCAGGCCCCUGGCUUCAAGGAAGCGGUUGAAAAUAUUCGAAGGUUUACUGGAAAGGACGCAAUCAGGUUUCAGCAGUGGGUGGCAGAAAACCAAGACAUGUUUCAAUGA